UAAUCUGUGUAAUCUCCGACAGGGUGAUAAACAUCAGGAGUUAAAGAGAAAGACGAUGGACUGAAGAAAAAGCAGAAGAUCAACAUGUCCGGCAGAGAGAGCAGAGCCGUUGUUGCUGGUUCUGCUUACAAGAGAAGUCAGAGCAAAGAUCAGUUACCCACAAUGAGCUUUACUUCUCCUCUGAGGAUUCUUCUCCUGGGUAAAAGUGUGUCUGAGAACAGCCGUGUGGGGAACUUGAUCUUGGGUCGAUCAGCGUUUGACAGUGAAGCUCCUCCAGAUGUUGUGGAGAGAGUCGGAGGAAGACUGAAGCACAGACACGUGACGCUCAUCAACAGUCCUCAGCUGCUCCACACACACAUCUCAGAUGAUCAGAUCACACAGACGGUCAGAGAGUGCGUGAGUCUGUCUGAUCCAGGACCUCAUGUGGUGCUUCUGCUCCUCCAACAUCAGCAGUGUUCAGCAGAAGAUCAAGAGCGUGUGGAGAAGCUGCAGGACUCUUUCUCUGAGCGCCUUCUUCAACACACCCUGGUGCUCAGCACACAAGAGCCCACUGAACCCAAUCAGAUCCUGCAGAAGAUCAUCCAGAAGUGCUCCAACAGACACGUCAGUCUUCAGACAAGCAGCUCUGCUGAUCAUCUUCUGCAGGCCUUUGAGGACAUCGAGCGGAGCAAUGAGGGACGACACCUGAUUUCUGGAGACUCACAGUGUUUCACAGUGGAGAAACGGGACACACAGACACACUCUGAGAAGCUGAAUGUGUUGGUGUGCGGGAGCGACGGCUCACUGAAAUCCUCCAUCUCAGAGCUGAUCCUGCAACACACACACAGAAGAUCAGAGAGUGUGAGGACAGACGUGAUCAAUGUGCUGGAGCUUCCAGCUCUGUUCAACACUGAGCUCUCAGAGGAGGAUAGGAUGCGUCAGACUCUCCGCUGUGUGUCUCUCUGUCAUCCUGGAGUUCAUGCUUUCCUCCUCAUUAUUCCUGAUGCUCCACUGACUGAUGAAGAUAAAGCAGAAAUGGAGGAGAUCCAGAAGAUCUUCAGCUCCAGAAUCAACAAACACAUCAUGAUCCUCAUCAUGCAGAACUCAGAGCAUCAGACAGCAGAACUCAAUGAAGAAACACAGGCUGUCAUUCAGAGUUUUGGAGGAAGACAUCAUCACUUCAGUCCUGAAACACAAGUGUCCACAUUGAUGGAGAACAUUGAGCAGAUGCUGGAGGAAAACAGAGGAGGUGUUUACUCCACAGAGACAUUCCUGGAGGCGCUAAUGGAAAAACUGGUGAAAUACGAAGAGAUGAAGAAGAAAAUUAAUUCCCUGGAUAAAGAACAACAGAUCCUGAUGGACAGAGUCAGAGAAACAGAAGGAGAGAUGAAGAAACUAGAAGAAGAGAAAAAGAGAAUGAAAAUGAUGAUGGAGGAAGAACAACAGAAUCAGGAGAAAGAGAGAAAGAUGCAAAAGAUAAGACGAGAAACGAUGACGUUUAGACAUGAAACAAAGGAAAUGUGGAAAAAAAGAGAACAAAUGGAAAGAGAAGAACAAAACAAAAAACUAUUGAAAGAGAAGAAAGAGAGGGAGAUGCGUGACAAAAUAAAGAGAGAACGAGAAGAAAAGGAGAAACUUUAUCUCGAGUGUCUGAGGAUUGUGCUGAUCGGGAGAACAGGAAGUGGAAAAAGUACAACCGGAAACACUAUUCUAGGAAGAGAAGAGUUUCCCAGCCAAUUAAACACAGAUUCAGUGAUGAAUGUCUGCAAGAAAGGAGUUGGAGAAGUUGAUGGUCAAUCAGUAGCUGUUGUUGAUACUCCAGGACUCUUCGACACAACACUGACAAAUGAUCAAGUGGUGGAAGAAAUAAUGAAAUGUGUUUCGCUAUCAGCUCCUGGACCUCAUGUGUUUGUCAUUGUGUUGACUUUGGGAAAGUUUACCAAAGAGGAGACAGAAACUAUAGACCUGAUUAAGAAGAUCUUUGGUCCAAAAGCUGCUCAGUUCAGCAUUGUUCUGUUCACCAGAGGAGACAAUCUCAAAUAUCAAUCUAUAGAGGAUUACAUGAAGAGAAGCAAAUCUGCAGAACUCCAGAAACUGAUCAGAGAUUGUGGAAACAGAUUCCUGGCUUUCAAUAACAGAGAAAAACUAGACAAAACUCAAGUGAUGAAGCUGUUAGACAUGAUCCAAGAGGUGAGAAAUAAUAAUCAGGGUGGAUACUUCACUAAUGACAUGUUUGAGGAGGCAGAGAUGUCCAUUAAGAAGAAGAUGGAGGAAAUCAUGAAAGAGAGAGAAAGAGAGAUUCAGCAACAGAAAGAAGAGUUACAAGACAAAUAUGAGAUGGAGAUGAAGGACAUGAUGAAGAGACUCGAGGAAGAGAAACAAAGAGCAGAAGAAGAGAAGAGGAAAAUGGAGAAUCAACUGAAGCUAAAAGAAGAAAAACUAAGAAAAGAGUUUGAAGAGAAGGAGAAAACAGAUCAGAAGAAAAGAGAGAUUGAAAACCAGAAACGGUUAGAAGAGGAAAAACAGCAAAGAGCUGAAUAUGAUCAGAGAAUAGAAGAAAUGAAGAGAGAGAUUGAUAAUCAGAGAUCACAGUAUGAACAACAGCAGAAAGAAAGAGAAGAAGAAGACAGAAAGAGAGAAGAGAAAUACAGACAAGACAAAGACAAGAUGAGAAAUGAACAAGAGAGAAUUAUAGAAGAAUUAAAGAUGAGACAUGAAGAAGAAACAAAACUGAGGGGUUUGGAGAAGAAAAGAAGAAAUGAAGAAGAAGAGGAGGAAAGACAGAGAUGGAAAAGAAAAAUAAAAGAAGCUGAAAAUGAGAGAAAAGAGAUUCUAGAGGAAAUUAAACGACAGCAGAGAGAAUGGGAGGAUGAGAUGAAGAGAAGGUUGCGAGAACGAGAGGAAGAAGAAAGAAAAAUAAAAGAGAAACACGAAGAACAACUGAGAGAAAAACAAGAAGAACUGGAGAAAAUGAGAAAGAGAUUUGAAAGAGAAAGAGAAGAAGAA